AUGGCGACACGAUAUACAGUGCUUCAGAUAAAUGUAUCUCAGUUUGUGGUGCAAUACUUUGAUACAAUAAGAAGCGAAAAGCACGAGGUAUUCUGGAAUGGUAGGCAAGCAACCUGUAGCUGCCAGCAUUUUGAGUUUUGGGGCAUACUUUGUCGCCAUAUUUUGAGUGUGUUCCUUCAUAAAGACUGUUUUCAAAUUCCUGAUGUCUACUUUCUAAUGCGCUGGCGUAGUGAUUUAUCAUCACAAGUUACUAGCAAUAUUCUCUUGUCCCUUCAACAAGUGAAAUCAAAUGUUAGUCUUACAAUAAAUGGCAAUUCAUGUGCUGAAAAUAUUGAUUAUGUUCAUUGUCCUCCUAACUCAAAGACUAAAGGACGUUCCUUGCAUAAGCGGAUGAAAAGAGGAAAAGUGUAA